CUGCUCAGUGAUUUGUGUCAGAGCAGGGGUCCACUCUCCGCGUCCGUCACUCUCUCUGUCUCUUUCUCUCUCUCUCUCUCUCUCUCUCUUUUUCUUUAUCUCCUUUUCUCUCUUCCUGUUUUACGCGACCUACGCCUCCCUUUCGGUUCUUCUUCACUUCGCUUCCCGUCGCCGCGUUAUAUACCGUCGCGUCGUCUCUCCGUUUCCGUUCGCGCGUUCCUUCCAAGAGAUCAAUGUAUCCCGGUCUCCCGGUUUCUCCCCGGGUACCCGCGAGAUACACGUACACGGUAAUACACAGUGCCACAGUGUGGAGUUGUUACCAGUGGGGAAAGAGCAAAAAUUAAGUUUACGUGCGGACGUGCCACGCACUACACGACCUUGGUCCACCACCAUCAACAACCAACCGACACCGACCACAAGACAGCUUAGUUUUAUCAAAAGCUGAAAAAAUUCUGGACAAGUCACGGAAAAAGAGCGGCAACCUUAUCAAACCGAGCCACCGGUGCCCAAAGUCAACAAAUGGAGCAUAGAGGCGCGCCAGCAGCACGCGGGCAGCAGCAGGAGCAGCAGUAGCGUUCAGCUAUCGUUGGGGCCCUGUCUCGCUCUCUCUCUCGGGCCCGAUCUCGCGCGGGGGGACGCGGGAUCGCGGAGGCGUCGCGCCGUGCCGUGCCGUGCCGGCCGAGCGACCGCGAUGGCCGCGACCGACGGUCAGAUCGUCGUCGCAGCGGCACGCUGGGCCGAGGAGCCGACGUACCUGCGUGAGUUCGUCUCCAAGUACCGUCUGCCAGCCGUGAUCAAGAUCACGAAGGGCCAGUAUGGCGGGCUGGGCGUGCCGACCCUACCGGCACCCAGCUUGCAGAGCACCGCUCUGCUGAUAUCGGCCGGCCGUCGGCGUAAAAUCGUGGCGCAGGCGGUGAAGAUCAAGGAGGGCCGGCGGGUAGUCGGUGUGGGGCCCAGACUGGCGAUACCGGACUCGUACGCGGGCUACUUCGAGAUCCUGAGCGAGGAAGGCCGAGCGGUGCGCGGCAUCGAGUCGGUGAGCGAGUUAUCGCGCAGAUGUCCGGAGGAGGGUGCUCUGGUGCGCGAGACCGUGCGCGGCAUCGCCUGUCGGGUGGACGACGAGUCGGGUAUCGUGGUACCGGAGGGUACGAGGACCCUCGCGGCCGGCGAGACGAUCGUUACCGCCGGUGAAGUGGCCUUACCCGGUCGCGGCCGGUUUCUGCGCUGCGUCGACUGUCACGGCGACAGCGUUUUGCUUGGAAUGGAUCAACGUGGACGUUUCAGCGCCCUGGCUCGCGAGGACAACAUCAGCGGCGUGCACACCGCCAAGGCGCUCCUCAGCAAACGUCUGCCACUCACCGUGAGACUGGUGCAUGGCCAACCGCCGCGAGGACUCAAGUCGUCGUCACAAUUUGUGCCCGAGUUGAGGCUGCUGUCGACUUUCGAGGAGGAGCACGUAUUCGCCUUGCCGCUGCAGAGGGAAGGUGCGGCGGUCGCGCUGCCGCUCGCGGCGCCGCUCAAGCUGGUGAAGGCGCGAAACGAGGAGGCGCUCAGGUCGAUGCAGGAGUUCACGAGGUUGGUGGAACGCGCCUCCCGUCUGGUUGCCGACGUUGCUGAUCGGUCGCAUGUGUUGGACGGUCGUCUGGGCGAGAGCAAGCCCUCCAGGCAGACGAGGAGUGGCUCGGGCUUCCUCAGAAGACCGUCGACGAACUCGGAUCACACACCGUUGAGCCACCAUAGAAACAGCAGUGCUAGCCAUCAUCAUCAUCAUCAUCAUCACUAUCACAGCAACGGGCAUCAGCCGUCCUCCGGACACUCCGGGUACCGGGAUGAGAACAGGAUACCACCGUCGUCAGCCUGUACGGAAGAGUACGACGAAAUUGAUCAAAUAUAUGACUACGUGCGCGGCUUCGCGCCGUUGCCGAAGAGCGUCAGGUCGCCUUACGAGAGUCCUCUCGCCGCCGGCCAGGGAGGUUUGACUCCACCGUUGACGCCGGUAACGGUCACGAUCACGCCUUUAUUGGACGAUCGACCGGAACCACCGCCGAUCGAGACGAUACCGACGAAGAAGAUCCAAGCGGAGAAGCGGACUAGACGCGCGGUCAAGGAAGCGCCGCAGCCGCGGGUGGAGAAGCCGCCGUUGGCGAAGCUCUACGUGAAGAACAGCGGCACUCAGCGCGGGCGACCGCUAAUGAGGCAGAAGAGCGCGUCGCCCUUGAAGGAAACGCCGCCGGGUUACAAGGGUGGUUCGCCGCUCUUCAACAUACGUUACAAGAGUCUGACGAAUCUUCAACAGGCGAUGGAGCUCGACGGCACGCUGGAUUCCAGUCACUCGGGCGGAAGGACGUCGGGAGAUUCCGGCGCGGGUGCCAAACUGCCAGAGAAAAGAUCGAGACGUUUAAGCAGGCCACGUUCGCUGACGAAUUUAGUCUGGGAGCUACGAGGUGGAAGCGGCCUCGGCUGCACGAGACCUGAGACUCCGCCGCCCGCCACGACUGCACCGCUGCCACCGACUAAAUGUGGGCCUCGUCUGGCUGUCACUGUCGUGGCACCGCGACGUGUCGGCACGCUCUACCUCUAACUCAUUCGACCGACGAAGGGCUGAAGAAGGCAAAGAGCGGUUCAGAUGAAGAGCCGUAUAUCACCGGCGUCGUUCAACUAAUCAAAAUUCGCAACAGGAGCUCAAGGGAGAAGAAUAGAAGGACGGGAUGUAUUUCUGCCAGCGAUUCCGUCAUUCUUUCAGCAUUAAUAUAUCGCAGCUGCAAAAGCCAUUCAAACUCGUCCGACACACAAAUGCAUGUAUACACUCUGUACACAUACGUACACACAUACACGACACACAUAAAAGACCCAAAAGCCUGAUCAACGCCGCGUACUUCCUGUGAUCGUCGAUUAACGAUAAGUGGAAUAAUCAAAAAUAGCGACGCAGCGGAAGAGGAUAUGUUCAGGUCACGAAAAGAGAAGCGAAUUAUCAGAAUGCUCUUGUAGAGAAAGGCGACGCCGUGUUAUAAAGAGUAUCAAGAUCAGUAUCGAAACGCGACGAAGCGAUGUAGUGGAAGCCGAUACUUUGUAAGAUCCCAAGUAACAAUGAUCUUCCGGUAUGUAGGUGUAAUACACUUAAUCUAUUCCAUAUAAAACAGAUUUGUUCAUAAAUCCUUCAAGAGUAUAUAAAAUGGCUGCGCAAAUAUUUUCCCUACUUAGAAAAUUGAGAAUUGAUUGCGAUUGAAAUUUUUUCCUACGACAAAAAUAUAUCGUCAAAUAUUGCUUUGCAUACCGUUUGCUCUGUCUUUGUCUCAUUAUGUGUAAAAAGGGGAGGAUUUGUUUAAUUUUUUUAGUUGGAGACGGAAUAAUGUUGACAGUAGUUAUUUACGUACCAUUUUUCUGG